AUGAGUUCCAGCUGUGAUGAUGCCCUUCGAAGGAUGAACGACAGCGCAGUCCGUUUUCACCAGAAGCGAGGCAAGACGUCUCGUGGACCGCGUCAACCUUACGGUCGUAUUGAAGCCAAACGGCUGCGGUACAACACGAUUCAUCCGUCCUCUUCUUCUUCUUCUUCUUCUUCUUCUUCAUGCACUUUCAUGCGAAAUCAACGUGCCCCCAACAAU